ACUCUUAUCAGGUGCAUCAACCAAAGGCAUAGCCAGAUAGCGUAUGGUCAACCUGGGCUUUACCUAAAGUCCGAUUCACACUACACUUGGCUUGCAAAACAUCCUUGCAAUAUUGCCGUUUUGUACGACUUUGGGAAGUAUGCUUGCGCUAACCCGAUCCUUGGCGGAGUUACUGAGCAUAACGCCGGGAUAUUGUGAGGUGACUUAUUUCCCACGUCGCUAUAAAGCAGCCAAAGAAACCUCGUUUAAUCCAUCAAAAUCUAAUCAUCAAUUACUCUUCGAUACUCUUACAAUAACUCCGUAGAAACAAGCCACCAUGUCUCUCAUGCCCCCGCCCGGACCCCCAAAGUCCCUUCUCGGACGACACCGCCAGCUCGCGCCCACCGCGGCCGUCAAAGUCAGCCCCAUAUGCCUGGGCGCGAUGACCUUUGGCGACAAUUGGAAGGACGCUCUGGGCGAGUGCAACAAAGAGACGUCAUUCGCCUUGCUGGACUACUUCCACGAGCAGGGCGGCAACUUCAUCGACACGGCUGUCAACUACCAGUACGGCCAGAGCGAGCAGUGGAUCGGAGAGUGGAUGGAGAGCCGCGGGACGCGGGACGAGAUGGUGAUUGCGACGAAGUACACGGGGACUAUCGCACACAGCUUGCAGAAAGAGGGGUUGAUUCAUGCAAACUUCGGGGGGAACAACUCGAAGGCGAUGCAUCUGUGCGUUGAGACGAGCCUGAAGAAUCUGAAGACGGACUACAUUGACUUGUACUACGUCCACCUCUGGGACUACACAACCUCGAUCCCCGAGCUCAUGAAGUCGCUCGACAACCUCGUCGUCGCGGGCAAAGUGCUCUACCUCGGCAUCUCCAACACCCCGGCCUGGCUGGUCGUCAAGGCCAACGACUACGCGCGGCAGCACGGCCUGCGCCAGUUCUCCGUCUACCAGGGCCAGUGGAGCGCCGCCACGCGCGACUUUGAGCGCGAGAUCAUCCCCAUGUGCCAGGCUGAAGGCAUGGGGCUCGCGCCCUGGGGCGCGCUCGGCGGGGGGUCGUUCAAGCUGCCGGGCACCGUGACCGAGGGCGGUAGGAAGCUGCCGCUGAUGCAGGUCCACGCCGAAAAUGUAACCGUGGUGUUGGACAAGGUGGCGAAGAGGAGGGGGACUGCUCUUACGAGCAUAGCACUGGCGUAUGUGAUGCAUAAGACACCCUACGUCUUUCCCAUCUGCGGUGGGCGGAAGUUGGAGCACUUGAAGGGGAAUAUUGAGGCGUUGGGGAUCCAGCUGAGCCAGGAGGAUAUUGACGAGAUCGAGGCGGCAUACCCAUUCGAUAUCGGCUUCCCGCACUCUAUGCUGAACGGCGCCAACAAGAUGAUCACCGGACCCGGCGACGUCUCGUUCGCGUCGCGGAUGGGAUAUUUCGAUUGGGUGGAGAACCCGAGGCCGAUUCCAGCGCAUCAGGGCCCGUUGGAAAAGAUGCAUACGCCGCCGCCGUGGAUAACGACGAAAAAGGAGGACUAAGGAAUGGAAUGGACCUCUGAUGUAUGAGAAAGAAAACAAGUAGAAUACCCCUGCAAAGUGCGUAAAAUUUGAUGCAUAAAAAGUCUACUUGCCUAUCUCAUAACUACCUGCCC